AUGCCAGAGCCCACAAAGAAAGAUGAGACGCCAAAUGGUCAGCCAGAAGAAAGUGUUGCCCCAGACAGUAACGGUGCCAUGCCCCUACCUGAGAUUUCCCUGGAGGUUUCUCCACCCCCAGAGGCGGUAGCAGAUGGGAAAGAGCCAGUAGAUACUGAUGGGAAGAAACCAGAGCCCACAGAGCCUGAUCCAUUACAGGCUGUGGUGGCUCAGGAGCCGAGCCCCACCGAGAAUGGCUCAAACCAACCACAGCCUGGUGGGGUUGGGGUAAAAGAGCAAGCAGAGUCCGGUAAUUCUACUGUAAAGGAAGAGGGACCUUGCUCUCCCCCAUCAACUGAUGAUGAUGAUGCUGCAGCCACUACCCCAUCCCCAACACCCCAAGCAGAGGAUGCCAAUUCACUCAAGAAACUCUCAAUUGAGCUGCCUAAUGAUAGCGUCCCUGUGCCAGCCAUGGGGAGAAAAGACUCAGUGUGGUCUCUGGGAGAUGGCCAGGGCCCAGAGGACCUGGACAAGCCCAUUGACAGCCCACCACGGUCCACCCUGAUGAUAGAGAGUCCACAAAGUGCCUCUGUCGCUGUGGGUGGAGACAUCAGCUUUGUUGCCAAGGUGGAAGCCAAAGAUCUCCUCCGCAAACCCACCAUCAAGUGGUUUAAAGGAAAAUGGAUGGAUCUGGCCAGCAAGACAGGAAAGCACUUACAGCUGAAAGAGACCUUUGACCGAUUGACCAAGAUGCACACAUAUGAGAUGCACAUCAUCAAGGCCAAAGACAACUAUGCUGGAAACUACAGGUGCGAAGUCACCUACAAGGACAAGUUUGACAGCUGUUCCUUUGACUUGGAAGUUAAAGAAACUGAACAGGGCUCACAGAAUAUUGAUAUUCGAUCAGCUUUCAAAAGAAGCAGUGAAGGACAAGAAGAUGCAGGGGAGCUUGACUUUAGUGGUCUUCUUAAACAUAGAAAUCAAAGGGAGCCGAAAAUGGAUGACACUCCAGAGGUGGAUGUGUGGGAGAUCUUGAAGAACGCCCGGCCAGAUCAAUACGAGAAGAUUGCCUUUAUGUACGGCAUCACAGAUCUGAGGGGUCUACUGCGGAGGAUGAAGAAGAUCCCAAGAGAGGAGAAGAAAAGCGAAGCUUUUGCAAAGAAACUGGAUCCAGCAUAUCAGGCAGAUAAAGGUGGAAAGAUCCGCUUGGUGGUGGAUCUGGCCGACCCCACAGUUGAGCUGAAGUGGUACAAGAACGGACAGGAAAUCAGAUCCACUCCCAAUCUGAGGAAGUAUAUCUUUGAGCAUAAGGGCACGCAAAGGAUUAUGGUCAUCAACAACUGCUCCUUGAAUGAUGACGCAACUUAUUCUGUAGCUGCGGGAGACGAGAAAUGUGCCACAGAGCUGUUUGUCAAAGAGUUGCCAGUUAAGAUAGUUAAACAAAUUGAAGCGGUGAAGACCACAGUGAACGAGAGGAUUGAGCUGGAGUGUGAGGUGUCAGAGGAAGGUGCUCAAGUCAAAUGGAUGAAGAACGGUGUUGAGGUUCCAACUGGAGUGCGCUCCAGAUACCGAGUUAAGUGUGAAGGAACAAAACACUUCUUGGUGAUUGAUGAUGCCUCCAGGGAGGACACUGGAUCAUACUCCAUCAUGGCUACCGGUGGCACAUCUGUGGCUCAUGUACAGGUUGACUUGAAACCGCUGAAGGUGUUCCUGGACUUGCAAGAUAUGAAGGUGAUGCUGGGUCAACCCAUCAAGCUUCACUGUGAGAUUUACCCAGGCAAUGUCCCAGGUCGUUGGUACAGGAAUGGACAGCUGAUCCAACCCAAUGACCGUAUCAACAUAAUACACAGAAAUAAGGUCCAUCGUCUUGAAGUUGCGACCAGCUCCCUUCACGAUACAGGAGAUUACACUUUUGUACCAGAGGGAUAUUCACAGAGCCUCUCUGCCAAAAUUCACAUCAUUGACCCACCAAGGGUGCACUUGGAGAGCUUGAACUUCCCAGACAACACGAUGACAAUUGUGGCAGGAAACAAACUUCGCUUGGAGAUCCCCAUUACUGGAGAACCAGCACCCAGGGUGGUGUGGAUGAAGGGAGAAAGGGUGAUUCUUGAGUCAGGCCAUCGUGUCCGAGCUGAAACGUACGGCGACCAGACCAGCCUGACAAUUGACGUCACAGAGCGGGAGGACACAGGCAACUACAAGAUAGUCCUCCAGAAUGAGGCUGGUGAAGCAUCAGCCAGCGUCAAAAUCAAGGUUGUAGACAUCCCUGACCCUCCAGAGGCUCCCUUGGUCCCAGAGGUGGGUGGUGAUUGGUGUUCUAUGAAAUGGGAACCACCAAAAUAUGAUGGAAGUUCACCAAUAUUGGGUUACUUCAUCGAGAGAAAAAAGAAACAGAGCUCCAGAUGGAUGAGACUGAACUUUGACUUGAUCAAAGAAACAUCAUUCGAACCCAAGAAAAUGAUUGAAGGAGUGCCAUAUGAAGUGCGGAUCUUUGCAGUCAAUGCCAUUGGUGUGUCCAAGCCCAGUGAACCAUCCAAAGCCUUUACUCCCCUCGCUGUGACCAGUGAGCCCACCAUGCUGGUUGUGGAUGAUGUCACCGACACCACAGUGACCGUAAAGUGGCGUCCUCCUGAGACCAUCGGAGCUGCCGGUCUGGACGGAUACUUAGUGGAGUACUGCAUAGAAGGAACUGAUGAUUGGGUAGUAUCCAACACUGAGCUGACAGAGAAGACCAAGUACACCAUCACAGGGCUGAGUCCAGGGAGUAAAAUCUUAAUUCGAGUCAAAGCCAUGAAUGCUGCCGGAGCCAGCACUCCAAGGACCAUUCAGCACUCUGUCCUGGUCAAAGAAGUUAUUGAACCACCCAAGAUCCGCGUCCCCCGACAUUUGAAGCAGACAUGCACUCGUAGAGUUGGAGAAGCAGUCAACCUCGUGGUGCCAUUUAUGGGCAAACCCAGGCCGAAGGUCGGCUGGAUGAAAGAGGGCAAGUCCAUAGAGCCUACCCACGUCAGCAUCCGCAACACAGACUGUGACAGCAUCAUCUUCAUCCGUAAAGCAGAACGCAGCCACUCUGGAAAGUAUGAGAUGACCGUGCAGGUUGAAAACUAUGUGGACACGGCCAUUCUUGACAUACAAAUCGUAGACCUACCUGGGCCUCCUCAGUGUGUGACGAUUGAAGAUGUUUGGGGAGGAAAUGUGGCUCUGGUCUGGACUCCUCCAAAAGACAAUGGCAACGCUCCAAUAACAGGCUACACCAUUCAAAAAGCAGACAAGAAGACAAUGGAAUGGUACACAUGCAUUGAGCACUAUCAUCGCACCUGCAUCACCAUCACAGAGUUGGUGGUAGGGAAUGAGUAUUUCUUCAGGAUCUUUGCAGAGAACAUGUGUGGCCUAAGCGAAACUGCCACCCAAACCAAGAAAAGUGCCCUCAUCGUCAAAGAAGGCAUGCAGGUGAAAACGCACGAGUACACCGACCACGACUUCAUGGAAGCACCGAAGUUCACGCAGCCACUGAUCAACACUUUUGCUAUCGCCGGCUACAACGCUACUCUAAACUGUAGUGUCCGUGCCAACCCAAGGGCAAAAGUGAUCUGGAUGAAGAAUAAGAUAGCCAUCCUGGACGACCCACGCUACCGUAUGUUUAGCAACCAGGGAGUAUGUACUCUGGAAAUCAGGAAGCCCAGCCCCUAUGACGGCGGCAUGUACACUUGCAAGGCCGUCAACGACCUGGGAGAGGCCCAAGUGGACUGCAAGCUGGAGAUCAAAGGCGGCUUCACCUUCUUCGAACUCAUGCAACGCGGAGUGCCCCUACACCUGAUUGACAAGUACAUGAACGAGAAGGUUGUCGAGCAAGAGAAGUAAAAUCGGACGGAGUGCAAUAAGACAAUUUUGCCUUGCAGACAUCUGCUGCCAGUAGUGACCCUCUUCCUCUUCUCUCGCCUACUGAGAUCAGCUGGGAGCUAGUUAUCAUAGAAGAAGAAAAAAAGCUCACUUCUUUGUCACCCUCUUGUGUUCGAAAGACUCAGCUCAGAUGCAUGCCGGCAGUGUUUUGGUUCAAGCUUUGAUAAGUUCAUGUAGUGUGUAAAAAAAAAAAGAAGAAAAAAACAUAUACAAUGCACAUAUAUAGCACAGUGAUACACUUACAGUAUUUACAUGUUGUUCUUGUUGGAAGUGUCUGUUGAAGGUGAUAAUUUAUUUCCGGGGUCUGAAAGAAGGGAAAAGGGAAUGUAUAAACAAAGGUUUGGCGUUCGUACGGUGUGUCAAAACUUAUAUAUGGCAAGAAAAAUGACUAUAAUCCAGAACAAUGUUGGAUAAAUGAAUGUGUAGACCCUAAGUUAAUUCACAUUAAUAUUUGUUGAUUUCCCCUUUUCUGUGUAGAUCUUUUAUGUUUAAUAAGUGAGAACAUGUAGAAGUUUACACACAGUCCAUAUUCUGCAUGACACAUUAUGCUUUUUGGAUUAAUAUUGGACUUGAGGCUUGAUUGAUGCUCAGUCAUGUGCGCAUGCCUUUACCUUU